AUGAUGAGAUCUCUUUCCUUGGUAAGCCUUCUACGUCGAUAUGACAUUCGAUACGAUCCCAAAUCUCACCGACUCCGCUGCCAAGGUCACAUUAUCAACCUUGCCGCCAAAGCUUUCCUCUUCGUUACCGAUAAUGAGAAGCUCAAAGACGACGAACGGUCCCUUGGCAAGCUCCACAACUUCGUGGUUUUCGUCCAAAGUAGUGUUCAGCGUCGCCAAAAGUUUCUGGCCAUCAGCCAUAAUCGCAAGCUUGCGCGAGAUAAUGACACGAGGUGGAGUUCGUGGGAUAUUUCAACAAAUGGGUGGAAGGAGAUUGUGCCGGAGACGAGCUCUCCCGAGGAGUGGGUCAUCCUCGAGAAGAUCAAGUCUUUCUUGGAGAAGCUUAAAAUGACGACAAAGGCCCUUGAGUCAUCGUUUGCAACUCUUGACAAUGUUCUCUUGGCUAUGGACUUCGUAUUGGCGCAAUUCGAAGCAGGAAAAGAGGCACAUAUCGACGAUCCGAUUAUGGCACCAAUGUAUAACUCGGGCUGGGCGAAGAUGGAUAAGUACUAUUGUCUUACUGACGAAUCGCCUGCCUACGUCGCUGCGAUUGUGCUUCACCCUUCGCAUAAAUGGCACUACAUACACGAAAACUGGAAGAAGGAGUGGGCUGACUCGUCAAAGAAGCUGAUGGAGACACUGUGGGAUGAUUAUAAACCUGUGGAGCCGCCUUCUCUAUCUGAGGUUCCGUUGACGACCACGAACGAGUUCUUGAAUUGGAGAAACAAGCACCUACAACCAGCACUUAUCACAGACGAGUACGAGCGAUAUUGUCCAAACCCCUACGGAAGAGGAUUGCACGACCUCAACAAGCGGCUUCAAUGGCAGAAAGACCACCAGCAGCGAGGCCUAACGUAUAUCCCUAUUGACCUCGCCAAUGCCAAGCUUAUCAUCUUUACCGACGGUUCCUUUGCGAACAAUAAGGACCUAUCGUCACAGCUAGGCUUCGUCAUUGCCCUAGGCAAUGUCCUCCAUUGGAGCUCAACGAAGUGUAAGAGGGUCACCCGAAGCGUGCUAGCAUCAGAGAUCUACGGCAUGGUCAACGGAUUCGAUAUUGGGAUAUCACUAGCAACGACGAUACGGAAGAUCACAGACCAAUAG